GGCGCCGUCGUCAGGUGCCCCGAGCCGGAUGCGCGCGUCUGUUCCGGGCGGCGGCGGCGGCGGCCAUCAUGGCUCCGGACCCCUGGCUCUCUCUGCACGGAGCUGCUUGCCAGGUCGCCCAGGAGGUCGCCGAGAAAAUCCAGGAGCGUAACCGGUACCAAAGGGCCGGGGAGAGUCCAGCCAAGCUCAAUGUGAAUAUCAGAUCAUCGUUGCAGAAUCUCAGCGAGAAGAUCGAUCAGCUGAAGGACUUACUGCUUCGGGCUGUAUCAACACACCAAAUCACACAGAUGGAGGGAGACAGGAGGCAGAAUUUGGUGGAUGACCUUCUCACACGACAGAAACAACUUCAAGCAUCUUAUAAGAAUGAAGGCACAGAACCAGAUGUAAUAAGAUCUAGCCUAAUGACGGGAGGGGUCAAACGAGGUGUAACCAACCCCUGGCUCUUGGAAGAAUCUGAGGACACCAGAGGGCUUGGCUUUGACGAUCUCAGGCAGCAGCAGCGAAGGAUCAUAGAAGAGCAAGAUGCUGGACUUGAUGCUCUUUCUUCAAUCAUAUCCCGGCAAAAGCAGAUGGGGCAGGAGAUUGGGAACGAGCUGGAUGAACAGAAUGAGAUCAUCGACGACCUCACUAACCUGGUUGAAAACACAGACGACAAGCUUCGCAACCAGACACGGCAUGUGAAGAUGGUGGAUAAGAAAUCAACAUCCUGUGGAAUGCUGGUGGUGAUUGUGUUGCUGCUGAUUGCGAUUGGUGUGGUUGCUGUCUGGCCGACACACUGACGCGGCUGCGGGGCCCGUCGGAGCUGCUGCUGGACAGCUGAGCGCGGAGGACUCCGAGAAGAGACCGACUUUGCGCAAAGACCUUCCGUGCUUUAGAUAAACCCAACAGUACCAGAAUGAAGCUGUGUCCGACAGACAUCCGUUCUUCCUUCAGAGCACCGCUGAAGAGCGCUGCGUGAUGUGAAGGGUUUGAACUUGAAAAGGACUCUCUUCCCACCUUCGUUUGGCACUCGGGAGGCUGCAGCUGGCUGUACAAUCGCGGCACUUCUCAGCAUCUGCAUCUGAGCACGCACUGGCACCGGGGUGCUGCCUGCCCGGCCCGCUGCCGCUUCGGCUGAGCAUCCCGACGGCUAAAAUAUACUAAAAUACAGGUGUGGUUUGGAUGUACGGCGGUGGCACUCCUUUGCUUUCUGACACCUUCCUUCAGAAUGAAAACGCUUACCUUUUUCAAGAAGCAAAUGUUUUGGGAAAUGACUGCUCGCAGGAUGGGAAGCGAGAGCAGGCGGAGCCCGGCGAGGCCGCGCAGGACCCCCACGAGCUGCACGGGAACGCUGGCGAGUCACUCGGCCCUGGGCCCUUGGGGGAGAGUUGCCGGUGUUGGUCUCCGUGGGUAGAGUGGUGAACAGCAGCAGGUCUCAAACCAGGUGUGUACGUCGGGAGAGCCUGGCCCCGCACGUGCUCCCCACGAGCUCGGCCGUGCUCUGCCAGGCUGACCCCAGGAGAUGGGCUGGCACUAACGCACUAAUCUCGGCAGUCGAGGUCUGCCUCUUUCUUUUAUAACUUUUCACACACUGUUAAAACUGAGAGGAAGGAUUACCUGUUUCAAAACUAACGAAAAAGAAGUACUGAAUGUUCGCUUCUGGCCAAGAAAAUCAUUAUUUUGUUAUAUGUGCCGGUUUGAUUUCAGAAUUGAUAGAGCAAGCAAUAAAUAUCGAAUAAAAGCUGAUCCAUUUA